CUGGGUUUUAUGAGGCACUGUUAAAUGGUCUUGUCCUUGGUUCAUUGGUUCAUUGAUCGUUGUUAAAAGUUUGUUUGUUUUGCUUGUAUUUUUUGUAUUUCAUUGGGUCCUUUUCCUGUCUCAGAUUACUUCCCCAGAUUGCUUAUUAUCUAUUCCUACCAUUGAGUUAUGCUGUCGGCUAAUGCUAUCCUGCCGGCACUGCUUUCAUAUUUGACUGUUCAUAAUUCUCAUAAUGGUGAUAGCAUAAGAAUCCCAAAACCAAUUCGGUUUCAUACCCUACCUCAUUUUAAAGAAUACCUUUUGGAAUCUUUCACUCAGUACAUUGCUGGAGAUGUUGAAAACCUAUUCUUAUUGACCUCCUUUGGUAUAAAGUUAAAUUUCAAUAUGAUCGAUGAAUUAAGUGAUGUUUAUGUGUUUGAUAAGCGAUUAUUUUCAUUGGAUUUCGAAAAAUCCAUCCUUAAAUCGUAUCUUGGUCAAAAUGAAUCAGAUUUACAAAUCUUAAUCCCUAAAGAAUCUCUGAUUUCCCAGGUUUCUCCCCAUCAUAAUAUAAAGAAAAUGACUAGUAAUUUGAAAAUCAAUGAAGGUUGGUCAAAAGCAAUUCUUCAAAAUUGUUUUUCAAUUGAUGAACACAUAAAAUCAAUUAUUAAACAGAUUAAUACCAUCUUUAAAUCUCUUAAUAUCAUUUUCCAGUUUGGAACUAAUUUCGUUAGUGGAGUUGAAAAAAAUUUUAACCAUUACUUCUCUUAUAUUAAACUAUUAAGCAUGAAGACUCUACAUAAAUCAUGGCAAGAGUAUUAUAAAACCUUGAAAUCAUUUCCCAAAUUUAGUUUCAAAUCUGGUGAACAAAUUACUCUCCAUGAAUACCUUGGUUAUGAAAUUCUUCAAGAAAAAAGUGAUUUCAUUAAGAAUACCUUACCUUUAGUUGUCAAUAAGUUUAAUGAAAUGUCAGGUUCCAUCAAUAAUAUUAAUGAUGUUAAAAUUGACAUAGAUUCCAAAAUUGAAAAUUUGCGUAAUGACUCAAUACUGAUAUUCAAAGAUUAUGAGGUUUCCAAUGCCCUGAUCAUUAAUGAAACAAUAGAAUUGUCGAAAGAUAUUUCAAAAGACCUAGAAAACUUACAGACAAGCAACUUAAAUUCUUUAACGGAUAUUUAUAAUGAUCAUGGUAAAUUUAAAUCCCCGAAAUUAUUUAAAAAUGCAUCUUACCUUUAUGAUUUUCUUCAAAAGAGUUACGAGUUUAAAUUGAAACUAGUUCAUCAAUGUCUCUCAAUUUUUCAAACUAUUGCUACUUUACAAAUGAGAGUUGUUAAUAUCAAAUCGGAUAUAAAACUACUAACUGCACCUACUUCCAACUCCGAUAAUCAAGUGUCUUAUGAAACAAUUAAUAAAAUUAAAUCUGCAGAAGACUAUCUUUCACUCACCAUCGACCUCCCUUUACUCUUUGGUUUCAUCAUAAUAGAAAAUAGACGUCAGUUUGAAUGGUCUGACUUUUAUUCCAAAGGUAUCGUGAAUACAAUUUCUGAACAAUUAUCAAUCAUAAUUGAUCAUGAAAAACAAUUUCAAAAGUUAUGGUUGAAAAAGUUUAAUAACUUCAUUAAUUUCAUUACUGCAAAUAAUUCAGAAAUACUUCUACCCACAAUUGACGUGACAUUACUCAAUAAUCGAAAAUCAAAUUUGUUAGGCUUCGAAUUAGAACGAGAAGAUAUUUUAAAUUAUAUUAAUUUGAUUAAAGAUUACAAUUCUCCUAGCAGCACGAAGUUUAUCGAAAUAUUGGAGAAAAAUUUCAAAGAUUUGGUCAAGUCCACUGAUAAUAUGCAGCAAGUUACUAAGUUGGUAACUUCAUUGAGUUCAUAUACUUCUCCAAACAGUAACCAGUUAGAAUCUUCUAAAGUACGAAUUAAUGAUGAUGUUGAUCUAGAUGUCGUUAAGGGGCUAAAGAACCGAAUCAAAAAACUUGAGAACUUAUUGCAUCAACAACAAUAUAAAAAUAUCAGUAACUGGCCAGUUAUCAAAUCUCAGGAUAAAGCUGAUAAUACUAAGAUGAGUUUGAUUGUCGAUCCAAAUAUGAAACCCAAAAAUCAAAAGUCAUCUUCAAAUGACCCAACUCUGUUAUUACAAAGACGUCACACUUCUUCUUCUCCAAGACUGAACGGGCUGCAAGAAUCGAAGUUCUUGGACGCAUCAACAACCAUUGAUAAGCAUUUGGAUAAUAUACGGCUUCGUAAAGAAAAUUCGGAGCUUUUAGAGCAUAAUAACAAAUUAAUGAAGAAGAAACAAUCAGAUGACGAACUCAUCAAAGAUUUAAGAGAUGAGAUAUUUUCAAUUAAAACCCAAGAUGAAAACUAUAGAAAUGAAAUCAAUAAUACUCUUUUGCAGAAAGAUGCAGAAAUUUCUCACCUCAAGGAAUCACUAGAUAAACUAACAAGAGAUAAAGAUGAUGAAAUUGCUAAUUUAAAAAAGCAGCUACUCGACAAAGAUAAAACGAUACGUAAUUUGAAGCCUCUAAGCGAGGACAAUAAGCAAAUAGAUGAGUUGAAGUCCAAAGUUAAUAACCUUACGACCGAACUUAAUGAUUCUAAUAAUAUGAAGAUUGAUUUAUUAUCCAACAUGUCUGCAAAGGAAUCCGAAUUUGUUCAAGAAAGAAAUAUCUUUGAUAAUGAAAUCAAAUCUUUGAAAGCUAAAUAUGAUGAAUUGCAAGAUGAUUACGAAAAUUUGAUGGAGUUAACACAAGCAAAAGAAAAACACAAUCAAAAUAUAAUUGAUGAAUUAGAUAAUGUUAUUGUCGAUUUAUUCAAGAAAAUUAAGGUUUUAGUUGAUAACAACUUUGAAUUUUUCCUUGAAUUUUGCUUCGUUUUGGAGAGCAUGGGUUUAUUAUUGGUUAAACAAAUCGAUGAAACUUCGAACAAAAAUGAAUUCAAAAUUAUUCGUGUUAAAGGAUUGAAGUCAAAGAAAGGUAAUCAAAAUGAGGAGGAUUCAUCUAUUAUUCAACAAGAAACUAAGAUUCAUUCGAAAAUUUUAGAUGAGAUUACGUCAGCUAAGACUUGGUGUGACAGUAUCACUAGUGAAGACUUAUUGAAUGUUGAAGAAUCAGCUGCGGUUAAGUCCCUCUCAACCACUAGAAGCGGCGUCAAUGAAACUGAAUCGGAUGAUGAUUAUAAUAGAUCCAUUGAGAUUUCUCAGAAGCUUAUAUCCACAUUCAAUGAUUUCUUCACCACCACCUGCAAUCCAUUCGAUGAAUUUAUCAGAAUUAUUUCUUUUAAAGAUAGUGUUCAUUUAAAAUCCCAAGAAGCUGUCAGUGAAGAUGAUCCUGUGAAUCAUAAAUUUUUCCUCAACGCUAUAAGUAAACGUUUCCGUGAUGUUGAAGGGUUUGCUAAAAAGCUAACUAAAGAAAAUAAGUCGAAAAUUAUGGAGAUGAACAAGUUACUCAAUAAGACGAAUAGUAAAAUAACGAUUAAUAAUUUCCAGAAAGGAGAUUUAGUUUUAUUUUUACCUACCCGUAUAGAAAGAGGAAGUGAAUUUACCCAGGUAAAAGAGAAUGAGAUUCAACCCUGGGCAGCAUUUAAUAUUGGAGCACCUCAUUAUUUCUUGAAAAUGGAUCAAGAUAUUAGCCAUCGGGAGUGGAUGGUGGGGAAAGUAGCCAAUAUUAAGGAAUCUAAUGUAACUCAUGAAAAUCUUAAUGACAAAGAAGCUAAUCCAUUUCAAUUAAGUGUUGGUGUUACAUGGUUUUUAAUCGAAGCUGAAGAAACUACGAAUUAAUUAUAAAAUAAAUAAAUAUAUAAUAUUUAAUGACAAGUUUAGGCAGGGGCAUUAUUAAAU